AUAGCACUCUACCUACCAACAGUGAUCUGCGCUGCUUUUACGCCUCUCCCACCAUCUGAACUCUCUGUACCACGGUGCCUGUGUGCCUGUGUCGGCCGCUCGGUAGUGGCCUUGGCCACGAUCCUCAAGCCCCUGGAGUCCAAGACACCGCCACGAGGCUUCCCAUCAUGCCGUCCCACUCGAAUCUCUGUGAGGCCAGGUCCACCACUCAGCGUUGCGCUUCACUCAGACCAGCGAGUUGUCGUACCUCAUCUUUUGGUCUGA